CUAAUCUCUUGUUUAUGUAAUUACUCUUCUAAAUGUGUACUUGCUGCAUAUAUUUAGAUAGGCUUUACUUUCAUUAAGUAAAAUAAAAUUGGGGGAGCCAUUUUCAUAUAAACGUUCACGCGAAUGAAAUCGCGUGUGAAUACGUUCGGUUCUGUUUCAGACUCUCAGUCUCCCCAAAGGUUGCUUACAGGAACGUGUGAGCACGCGCCUUGUAGUACUGGUGGUGGUGUAAUGCAUCAACCAAAAACAAAACAGUUUGGUUUUGAGUUUUGAGUUUUGAUCAUCUCAUUAUUUUCAUAAUUUAUUCCUUCAUGUAAUUGCCAGGAAAAUGUCCAAGGGUCGUUUGGUUGCCUAGAAAAUUUGAUCUGAAAAAUCAGUUCUUUUGAGUGAGAAAGGUCAAACUGUCGGUUUCCAUGGAAACAGAAUCUAUGAUAGUGCUGCCCAGUGGUAAAAGGCCUCACUUCUAUGCGUUUUACUCUUCUCACUUAAGCGCAGAACAACUGAAAAUUCCUACGAAAUUCAUGAAACACUUGGAAGGAAGAUCUUCUGGUUCUGUUGCAUUAGAGGGUCCUAGCGGCAAGACAUGGCUGGUUAAUUUGAUUCAGAACAAUGGUGAUUUAUUCCUCCAUCAUGGAUGGCCGACAUUUGUGAGAGAUAAUUACGUGGAAUGUGGUGACUUUUUAAUCUUCCGGUAUGACAGCGAGUUGCAUUUCACUGUGCAAAUUUUUGAUCAAAGUGCAUGUGAGAAAGAGGUGGCAUUUCAUUCCAAAUGCAGUCAAAAUUUCCAUGAUCAAGAUUUGGGGAAGAAAAGAGUAAGGGAGGAUGGUAUCUCGUCUUCAGAUAGAAUUGUUGAAGGUGUUCUAAAGAAAAUGAGAGAGGGUUCUCCUGAACUUUAUCCAGAUCGGAUUCACAGAACCCAGGAAGCAGUAUUGGAUUUAUGUCGUCAGAAUGGAUGCCAUUGUGAUGGGGUGACAAGACCAUGUGAACAUAUAGAUUAUUCAAAAGAAACUCAACAAUUGUCAAAGAGUUAUGCGAUUACCUCCCACUCAGAAAAUUGUGAUGAAAGGCCUGAUUUGGAUAUAGUUUUAUUUAAAGCAAAGGCCUUGCAGAGUUUAUGUAGCAAUGGAGACAGAUUUAAUGUAAAUGGUGGAGGUUGUGUGCAAAUGUCCUCAGCACAUGAAGUGGUUCAGUCAUUUACUUCUUGCUACCCUUAUUUUGUGAGAAUAAUGAAAAGCUUCAAUGUCAGUGGUUCAUUUACUCUGAACAUACCCUAUCAAUUUUCAAUGGCACACCUUCCAAAUUGCAAAGUAAAGAUUGUACUUCAAAAUUUGAACGGACAAUGCUGGACAGUUAAUUCCGUACCAUCUACUAGAGUUCAUACAAGUCAUACUCUUUGUGGAGGAUGGAUGGCUUUUGUCCGUUACAAUGCUAUCAAGAUUGGAGAUGUCUGCAUUUUUGAACUUAUGGGUGAGUGUGAAUUUCGUGUGCACAUUCUUGGAGUUGGAGAUGAAGAUGUUGACUGCCAAAGUGGUAAAGUUACUUCUAGUAGGCCGAACACAGGGCAUGCUGUGACAUCACAUAAGAGUAUCAAAGGUUUGUCAAAGAAACUGAGGGGAAACUCUUCUAAGGCUUAUUCUAAAACCUUAAAACUGGUAGAUGUAUCUGAUAAAAAAGUUUCAAAGAAGCUUACAGAGGCUCCCUAUGCUAAUGAUACAAAGAAACGCAGCAGUGCGUCAAAAGCUUUAACUAAAGUUGCACUUUGCUCUCAGUCCAAAGCAGCCAAUAAAAAGUUGGUUGUUCACAGGUCAAGAGGUGUCGAAGAUGAACUAGGAUCACAACCUAGAAGUGGUCCAAGAUUGCUGUUAGCACUUGACGAAGAACGAGCAGCUCGAUCCUUCUCUUCUUGUUUCCCCAACUUCGUGAAGAUCAUGAAGAAAUUCAACAUUAGCGGUUCUUAUACCUUGAAAAUCCCGUACCAGUUUUCUAUAGCGCACCUCCCUAAUUAUAAAACUGAGAUUUUACUUCGUAAUUUGAAUGGAGAGUGUUGGACUGUUAAUUCUGUCCCAGACUCGCAAGGGCGACUUGUGCACACAUUCUGUGGAGGUUGGAUGGCUUUUGUUCGUGGAAACGAUGUCAAAAUAGGAGACGUCUGCAUUUUCGAACUGGUUGGUAAAUGUGAAAUGCGUGUACAUAUAUCCGGGGUGGGAAAAAGAGGGUUGGAUCAUCAAGUUGGAGAAUCAACGUCUAAUAACCUCGCUCUGAUUUCAUCUACUAGCGAUCAUCUUUCGUUGUGACCUGUAAUGUUCUACCAAUAUUAGCUAUUUUAUUAUAUAUGUGUCCUUUAAGACAAGUAUGAUAGCACAGCAGGGUAACUUUCCUGGAAAAUACAUUGUGGUGAACUUAGCCUCCUUGCUCAAAUUCGAGUGCAUUUGCCUUAUUGUCUCAA